AUGACCAUCUCCUUAUCUCCCAUCUCCCGCAACGCCGCUACACGAAACUUCUCAACGAGCGGCGGAGCACGAGCAAGCAUACUCUUCCAGCUCGCCGCCCUCUCCAACGCACGAGAAACGCAGCACUUCAACAAGAGAUCCAAACUCGACCGCUACGAGCAUAGUCCGAAUUUGAAACUCAUCAAGACGAGUGAAAUCGACCCUUAUCCUGUCCCCACAAGCAACGUCGAGAAGUUUUUGCAAAAUGGUACAACACCAGUAUCAUCAUCAUCAUCAUCAUCAUCAACGGCGAAACCAGCUUUCAAAAAAUCACAUAAUGUAGUAGUACCUGCUUGGGAUAGCAAAGCUCUCGCAGCCGGACGAGCCAUACUCGCAGAUUCCGCUCGGCAGAGAAGUCAAGUAGCACGGGUAGUUCGACGUCUACGGAGACGGGAGUCUCGAGGGACUCGAAUUUUGCAGGAGAAGCUUGAGGCGCUUGCAAAGGAGAGGCAGAGAAUGCGGGAAGAGACGAGAUCUGCGGGAUUUUUAAUCUUGCUCUCGGUGGCUACUGCUACGGGGUUCGCCGCGUGGACGUUUUGGCCGACUAAGUCUGUGGUGGUGGAUAGUGCUGCUGAUGCUGCUGAUGAUGCUGGGAGACAAAUCAUGGAGCAGGCGAAUGAUGUUGCUAUUACGCCGGUUUACUCCCCGGCUGGUACUUCUUCUACGAAUGCAUCUGUUGCGACGGGACUUGACAGGGGUGUUUCCACGACAGCCGCGACGAAGGGUCCAGACACCGCCGUACCUACUUCACUGCUUCCCAAGGAGCGUGCCACUGUUCAGCCUGCCCCGAUAUCAUGGUCUUGGAGGAAUCUAUUCUGGAAGCAUCAAUAAUUAGGUAUUAACGAAACCAUCACGAU